AUGGGAGGCAAGUCGUUCUUCUGCCCCAUCUUCAGCUUCCUGCGCAAGUCGAGGCGGUACGACGACGACAUGAGCGACUGGGACGGCCGGGCUGGCUACGUGCGCAAGGUGCGCUCCAGCGACGAGGACUACGGCGGCUGGUGGGUCGGCGAGCGCGACGUCGACCGCAAGGCCUCCGACUUCAUCAACAACUUCCACCAGAAGAAGUUCACGCGGACAAGAGGGAGGAGUGUCCCUUUUAUGCAGCAACAAAGAAAGACGAACAUUCUAGAAACCGACUCGCUGGAGCUGGUCUCGCUCCGGAAGAACAGGGAUAAGUACCGCUCGGAGGUUACUGCAAUAAUCAGGGACAUCGAAGAGAUGAUCUCCACUAUGCCCCCUGCCAAGAUCAUUCACACUUGA